AUUCUGACCGCGGCUGUCAGGACGGCAACAGCGCUUAACAACUUAUUAUCGCUCUUCGCAAGGCUCUUAUCGCGCACACAUCACCUUGGUGGACAUUCAUUUCUAGGGCCUACACCAGGGUGUGGGUGAGUCAAGUAUGAAGUCCAAAGGAAAGGGGUCAAAGCGGGGCAGACAGUCUUGGGCAGAGCAGGACGACCCAGACUUUACGCUGGAAACAGAGCCAGGUUCCAGCGAGCAGGAGGGCUCAGAGGCGUCCGUCAGGCUGGGUGGGUCAUGGAGAACACUGAGAGGCGAGGGGCACAGCCGUACCCGUGUGGGCGCACGACGAAGGCGGCAGCAUGGCAACACUAAAGAACGCAACGUCCGCAGGCUAGAGAGUAAUGAAAGAGAAAGACAGAGGAUGCACAAACUCAACAAUGCCUUUCAGGCCCUGCGAGAGGCCAUUCCUCACGUCAAAACAGAAAAGAAACUUUCCAAGAUCGAGACUCUCACAUUGGCCAAGAAUUACAUUAAGGCCUUAACCACCAUCAUCCUGGGCAUGUCUAAUGGCUGCCUGCCUGACGCUGAGAGUCAGAUGGAGGCUAACGCCUCGCGGCUGCUGCAGUGCUAUCAGCAGCAUCUACGGGAAGAGGGAGAGGAGGAUCUGUCCAACUACCUGAACCACAUUCACAGCUUCAGCCAGGACAGCUAACACACACUGCACACUACAGACUCAGUGAGCGCUCAAGGAGAAAUGUAAAUAUGUGUAUGAUGAUGAUAAUGAUGAUGAAUAUCAGCUCUUAAAGGGUGAGUUGAAUGCUCUGUCAUCACUUACUUACGCUCAUGUCAUUCCAAACCAAAUUUGUUGAUCUUUGGAACACAAGAUUAGCAUUAUAAUCAAUAUGGCAAUGGUGAUGUGUUUGGUCUUAGUGGAGUAGAACUGCUACACUGCUGCUAAUUUGAUCAUUAGUGCAAACUUGCUCCUGCCAGUAUAUUCACAUACAUGCUGCCACUGUUUUUCGCUAUGCAUUAUGGUAAUGUACAGCACAGGGGUGCAAUUCUGAAAACCAUCGUUAGCCAA